UCUCCUCCUCUGAUCUAAACAGAUAACCGCCAUUUGCUAAGCGCAGACAGAGAAACAAUGAGCAGUAAUACGGUGCCGUUUCGCAUCUAAGGACAUCCAAAGUUAGACAAUGGCUCAAGUAACAAUGGAUCCUUCUAAAAAAGUUGAUGACAAUGUUGCUUCCUCUACUUACAAAUCUCAAAAUUCAGCAUCAUCAUUCAAAAGGUUGGGCAGGAAAUCACCAUUCACUAGAUAUGGACUUCCUAUGAUCUCACUAAUGGUGCUUGGGUCUUUUGGCCUUGGCCAUCUUCUGCAAGGCAGCAAGGAUAUUGCUAAAGUGAAGGAUGAUCGUGAGUGGGAGAUCAUUGAGACAAGAAAAGCACUUUCGAAAGAAGGGCCUGUCAAUGCAUAUAACCCCAAAAAGAUAAGUUUGGAGGAUGAGUUGAAGGCUCUGCAAGAAAAGGUUGAUAUAAACACUUACGAAUACAAGAGAAUUCCUAAGCCCAAUGAGGGCAAAUGAAAAGGCAGCAUUUUUCUGAGGCCAUGGCCAAAAGGUGCAGCCCAAGAAAAUUCAUCCUUCAAAGCUACAAAGCCAGCAGCUCUCCUGUUCAUUAACAAUACCCUUUUACCAGACACUGAAGGCGUAGUAGGCUUUAUCUACUUGUAGUUGAUACUAGGCUGAGUUUUGAUUAAUGGCUCAAAAUUUCUGCUACUAGAUUCUUUCAAGCAAGUCUUGAGUACACUUAGAGUAGCUAUGAAUACCACUUUUUGAGCUGUUGAAACUUGACUUUAGCACUUAAUGUUAAUAAAGAUACCUUUGCUAUUAGGGGCUAUAUCUUCUAAAGUCAGAACACAUGUUUGAAUGAAAGGCGUUUUAUUGAGUUUCAAA